AUGCACGCGCUCGGCGCUCCUGCGCCGUGCCGUGCUGGGCGUGCUUUCUCUCGUGCUGGGCCAUCGUGCCUUGGGCCGGCCCAAGAAAGCACGGCCCAAGUCCCACCUCUAGUUGAGGAGGAGCCGGAGAUCACCUUCUUCGACGUGGAGACCUCCAUGCCAUGGGGUCCUAGGGAGAGGCGCACGCUGCUCGAGUUCGGGUCCAUCUUCCUCUGCCCGCGACAGCUGGUUGAGGUCGCGGAGCCCUUCGUCACGCUCGUGCGCCCCUCCGACCUUGGGGUGGUCACGGAGGCGCUUGAGCGUAAGGGCAUCACGCGUGGCGCCCUCGAACACGCCCCGCCCUUCUGUGACGUUGCUAAUAACAUCCACAACGUCCUGCACGGGCGAAUCUGGGCUGGUCACAACAUCAUUUCGUUUGACUCAGAGAUAAUAAGGGAAGCAUUCGCUGAAAUUGGACGGUCGCCUCCUGAACCAAAGGGGAUGAUCGACACCUUACCUCUGCUUACCCAGACGUUUGGGAGGAGAGCAGGGAACAUGAAGAUGGCAAAUUUGGCAGAUUACUUUAAUCUAGGGCCGCAAAUUCACAGGAGUCUGUAUGAUGUCAGGAUGAAUCUUGAUGUUCUCAAGUGUUGUUCUACAGUGCUGUUCCUGGAGGAUAAUUUUCCAGAACUGCUAAGCGGCGGUUUCCUCAACCCAAAUGAUAUUUCACUCGAGUUCAUCCAAGUUUCUAUUUCUUUUUCCUCUUGUUUGGGCAAAAGAAGUCUAACUUCCGGCCUUCGCACCAAUUCUCUUCCAUACCAAUUUGAAUGGAGCUUAUGUAUCGAGCACAACGAUAAUCCGCUACAACUUCGUUGCAUAGGUUUGAGGGUCCGUUAUGAAGUUUAUCUGUAUCAAGACAGUGAAGGUCGACCAAAUAAGUUGAGCAUAGUGGUUGACAUCCCUGAGAAUCUCAGACAAGUUCUAGAAUUUUGUGAUGAAAUAGCUGAGAUAACAUUCCGGAAGUUUGGGAGCAAUUCUGAAUGGCGGCAAGUGAUUAAGGAAUACGGGAAUCGUCCUAGUGUACGCCUAAACAUCCCCAUCGUAGGCAGCGGCGACGAUGCGACCUAUGCGACAGAGAUAUACCUGAAAGAGGCUAGCGGCAACAUCCGGAAGAAGGAUUUCAGCAAGGCAGAUGUCGCAGAGCUGGAAUUUAUGUUUUUUCGAGGGGACAUGGUCGACGCGUUCUUCUCUGUGGAACUAUACGACUACAAAAAUAAUGCUGGUAUUCGGCUGGUCGCCAAGAAGUUGGUUGUACACUGCAGGUAG